AUGGCUGACCCAUCAAAGGGUCGUGGCCGUGGUCUGGCCUUAAUUCAAUCUUUACGAGCUCAAAAAAAUGUGGAAUCUCCAAAGCAGGACGCACCUAGUGAAACCUCAAGUUCUCUUGAUAUGUACCCACCACCAAGUGCUGCAUCAAGCUAUGAACCUAGUAUAGCUCCUAGCUAUGCCCCAAAUGUUUUAAGUGCAGUUUCUUCAGCCAUGGCACCACCUCCAGCCAUGGCACCACCUCCAGCUGGCGGAGGAAGAGGGAAAGUUGCAUUACUUAGUAAAAUGCUUCACAAACCUGGUGGAGGAGGGGAUGCUCCGUUAUUAUGUCCAGCAUCAGAUGUUAAACCAAGCAGCAGUGCCCCAAAGAGUAUGGGGAGAGGACUCAAAUUGAUUCAAUCUUUAAGAACUGCCCAAUCGUAUUCGUCGCCACCUGGUAGUAGUGCUGCUAGUGUAGUUGAUUCAGUAACUGAUCAAAUGGCAGCUAGCACCAUCACGGCGGUCUCUGAUGCCUCAUCAGUGGGCAAGAAUAAGUACUUUAGAGAGAUAAAAGAUACUCCCCCAGUUGUAAUGAAAGGAACGACUGGGACGCCGUGUGACGUCACAGCCAACUACAUAUACCUAAAGUUUGAAGAAAGUAACGUUUUUGAGUAUCAAGUUAAAUAUGAACCCGACCAGGACCACAAGCAUCUGCGGUUUAAACUGCUUAAUGAACAUAGACACCUCUUCGAAGUGAAGACGUUUGACGGGUCAGUACUAUAUGUUCCUCACCGGCUGCCCAAUGACGUCACUGAACUUGUCUCAACUAACCCAUAUGACGACAGUAAAGUUAAUAUUACUAUAAUAUUCAAUCGCACACGACGCCUAAGCGAGAUGAUACAUAUAUACAAUCUGCUCUUCAAACAUAUAAUGUCUGACCUCGAGCUGGUGCGUUUUGGGCGACAACACUUCAACGAACACGCGGCCAUACAAAUACCGCAACACAAAUUGGAAGUUUGGCCUGGAUAUGUGACAGCGGUAAGUGAAUACGAAGGCGGUUUAAUGUUGACCCUUGACUCUACUCACCGGGUGUUGCGUACUCAGAGCGUGUUAUCCUACAUAAAGGAUACUGCGCAAGCGCAUGGGGCGAAUUGGAAGAAGAUGGUAAAGGAAACGCUUUUCGGUAGCUCUGUUAUGACCAGCUAUAACAAGAAAUUGUAUCGGGUGGACGCCAUCGACGAUAAUUUAACGCCGAAAUCUACAUUUGAGAGAAAAGAAAAUGGAGUCCCCGUGCAGAUAUCAUACAUUGAUUACUACAAGAAGAAUUAUAACAUCGAUAUUAUGGAUUGGGAUCAGCCUAUUUUAAUUUCAAGGGACACUAAACGCAUAUCCGGCGAGGAAAAGGAAGUGGACUUUAUGAUAUGCCUGAUUCCGGAACUGUGUCAAUUGACAGGAUUGACAGACGACCAGAGGAACAACUUCCGGUUAAUGAAAGAUGUCGCUACCUACACGCGAAUCACGCCGAAUCAGCGACACGCGGCCUUUAAACAAUUCGUCAGCAACGUAUUGAAUAAUGAGUCGGCUAGAAACCGCUUAAAAGGCUGGGGUCUGAGCCUCGCGCCUGAGACAAUAGAUAUAACGGCUAGGACUCUGCCCCCCGAAGCCCUAUACUUCGGGAACAACGUGAAAGUCCCCGGGAAACCCAAUGCGGACUGGAAUGCUGACGUCACGAAGAAUUCAGUGAUGCAAGCUGUGGAUAUACACAAGUGGGCUGUGCUGUUCACUGAUCGGGACAAACAGACGACUAUGAAUUUCAUUGAAACAGUCCAACGUUGCUGUAAGCCAAUGGGUAUAACGAUCGAAAAGCCGCAAUUGACGCGAUUGCCGAACGAUCGAACUGAUUCAUUUGUUGUGGGUCUUAGAGAGGCCAUACAAACAAGGCCGCAGAUUAUUGUCGUGAUAUGCCCUUCGUCACGCGAUGAUCGCUAUUCGGCUAUUAAGAGGGUGUGCUGUUCUGAUGCCGGGAUACCUUCACAGGUAAUAAACGCCCGGACAAUAAUGAACCAGCAAAAGGUGCGUUCGAUUACUCAGAAGAUUCUAUUGCAAAUCAACUGCAAGCUGGGUGGGACGUUGUGGCACAUCCAUAUUCCCAUCAAGUCUGUGAUGGUGGUCGGAACGGACAGCUACCACGAUCCCACGCGACGACGGCCAAGUGUUUGCAGUUUCGUAGCGUCAUACACGCAAAGUCUAACGAAGUGGUAUUCAACAGCCGUCUUCCAAGAGAAAGGCCAAGAGAUAAUAGACUGCCUGAAGGCGUGCCUCGUCAAUUCCUUGAGGCAUUAUCUGGUUACCAAUGGAUUUUUACCAGACAGAAUAAUUAUGUAUAGGGACGGUGUUGGCGAUGGUCAAUUUAAGCAAGUGCAAACAUACGAAAUACCGCAGUUGAGGCUUAGUAUCCAAGAAGUGGAAAUGCAAUACGAACCAAAGAUUACGUACGUGAUCGUACAAAAGCGUAUAAAUACACGAAUAUUUUUGAAGUGCGGUCCGGGACAGUUAGAAAAUCCUGCUCCGGGGACUGUUGUAGAUCACGCUAUUACUAGGAGGGACUGGUACGACUUCCUAAUAGUCUCACAAAAGGUGAACCAAGGUACGGUCACACCCACCCACUACGUCGUUGUUAAUGACGAUAGCAAAAUGCCACCGGAUCAGUGCCAAAGACUUACGUACAAAUUGACACAUUUGUACUACAAUUGGCCUGGCACGGUGAGAGUGCCAGCACCGUGCCAGUACGCACAUAAACUGGCCUAUUUAGUAGGCCAGAACAUCGGAAAGAACACCAGCGAAGCGCUCGCAGAUAAACUAUUCUUUUUGUAA